ACUGUCACCGCGGGCGUGAGGACGGCGAGUGUCUGUCGCUUAAUGACAGUCUGCGGCCGGACUGACCACCCGACCGGGACAGAGCUCCUUUAAAAACUUUGACUCCAAACUGAGGGAGUCUUCACUGUGUGGGCGCACACUGACGUAUCGGUGCAGGUAUUUUUAUUUAAAUAUGUUGCUGUGGACAAAUAACCAAACGCGCUCCAGACAAACACGCGGGGGUGCGCUGGCUAAAUUAAGUCAGCUCAGUCUUUCCCCCGCCCUUUGAUUUUACCACUACAUGCUACAUUUAGCCUCUCUACAAAUGACACCCUGGGGUGCGCCACCCCGUUUCCUCCCUCCCUGUCUGCUCGCGUUCAGCGCUGAUAAGGCCGGUAUCACUUCUCCUGAUAGAGCUGCAGCCUGAUCCGAGGGGCACCAGCAGCCCCGGGCCACUGCGGGCUCAACGCUGCAAAAAGAGUCACUUCGAAAAAAAAAAAAAAAAAAAGUCGUGUGAUGAUAAUCCCCCUGGUGUUUCCUGAAAACUAAAGCCAAACACUCCGUCAGACGCGCAGUUUGCGUUGAGGAGACGUGACAACAAGUCGCCCCCGCUUUCAGACUCAUUUCUUAUUACCUGUAGCAACAGACGUGCUGACUAAUUCACCGCAGGCGGGUGUUUUUUGCAGUGUGGUGAGCGGAAGGGCCGCAGCAGUGACACCUGUCCGCGCAACACCUGGCAGACGGGGACUGGACUGUGUGCGCAUGCUCCGUUUUCAGGUUGACAUCCCACUUAAAGCGCUUGGAGCCGCGUCUGUCCACCAGAGGAGAUCAAAUCCUUGUCGGGUUCAGAGCGAGCAGAGGACGCAUCUGUCUCCCGCAGCUGGAUUAUUAGCGCUCACCUGUCCGCGCACAGAAGCAGAGAUGCCUCGUUCCUUCAUGGUGAAGAGUAAGAAGGCGCACAGUUACCACCAGCCCCGGAGUUUAGAGGAUGACUACAGCAGGCUGGACACCAUCCUGGCGCACAUCUGCUCAGAGGCGGAGAAGCUCCCAGAAGACGCGGACAGCUGCGGCCUCUCUCCGGACUUCCACCCGACCGACGCCGCUGAUUUCUCCCCGAAGUCUCCUCUGAGCUGCGCCGACAGUCUGUGCGGCCGCUCCACGGACUAUGAGGACUUCUGGAGGCCUCCGUCGCCCUCUGCUUCACCGGAUUCUGAGAAGUCCCUGUCUCCUCUGGUGGAUGAGACGCAGCCCUUUACCGUCCCCUUCCGGCCGUACGCCUGGAGCAGCUACCCGGGGCCGGGGCUGAGGCCCCUGGUGCCGCAGAGCCUCCAUCCGGGCAUGGACGUGGACAGGGGCCCGGCGGCGAUGGCCUUCUACGGGGACCGGAGCAGCGCCCACCCGGCCCUGUAUUCAGAGCGUGCUCUGGGCGAGGAGGCCUAUAGCGACUACAGGAGGCGCGCUGCAGCGCUGCUGUUUCCUGAGGGGGGGCUGCACGCCAAGAGCCACGGGGUGAAGGGCCAGUCUGACCUGCUGUGCUCCAGCCUCAUCCUCAACGGUGCUUACAAGUGUGUCAAGUGCAGUAAGGUGUUUUCCACUCCGCACGGUUUGGAAGUCCACGUCCGCAGGUCGCACAGCGGCACCAGGCCGUUUGCGUGCGAAAUGUGCGGCAAAACCUUCGGACACGCAGUCAGCCUGGAGCAACACAAAGCGGUGCACUCGCAGGAAAGAAGUUUCGACUGCAAAAUAUGCGGCAAAAGUUUCAAAAGGUCGUCCACCCUGUCGACGCACCUGCUCAUCCACUCCGACACUCGGCCGUACCCCUGCCAGUACUGCGGGAAGAGGUUCCACCAGAAGUCCGACAUGAAGAAGCACACUUUCAUCCACACAGGUGAGAAGCCACACAAAUGUCAGGUGUGCGGGAAAGCGUUCAGCCAGAGCUCCAACCUCAUCACGCACAGCAGGAAACACACCGGAUACAAACCGUUCGGCUGCGACCUGUGCGGCAAAGGCUUCCAGAGGAAAGUGGACCUGAGGAGGCACAAAGAGACGCAGCACGGACUGAAGUGAAGCUGGAACGAGCCGCCAUCACCGCACAAAGCGUGUCGUGUUAUCUGACUUCAGGGUCUUUAAAUUAUUACUCUUGAACGGAGUGAGGACACCAGACAAGGACAUUUGCGCCUUUUUCUUCCAAUCGUCACACAUGAGGACAUUGCUUGGAUCGAGUUGGAUCCACUUCUAACUUUGUAAAAUGUAAUGUGAAGGUGCAUUGGAAAUAUAUACAUAUAUAUAUAGUUAUGACCGCCGAGAGGCAGGUUAUUUAUUUAUUUUACUAAGGGAAAACGUCUCAUGAAUAAGAUUUAAACAAUCGUCUCCUUCUGACGGAACAUUUUGUGAAGAUCGGCAACACUAAUCAUUUCACCGUCCUACUGCAGAUCGCUCUACGUGUCUACAAGAUAAAAAUCAGCCUCGGUGGGCAUCAACCCCCACACACACAAAAAAUAUUUGUACUCACACUUUAAAUAACCGGAUCGACAGUAAAUGUCAACAGAGAUGAAAAUCUGCGCUUCUCCAAAGGCCGUUUUGUUGUCAGUGCGGAGACGUGCUGGCAAAACACACCGUGUGAUUUAACAAACAGGAGGGUGACUGACUCACUCAUGAAGCUUCUGUCCGUUUUGCACCUUUUAAUUGUCAGAAUGAACUUUUAAAAAAAUGCCUCCGAUCUGUUUUUACUUUCUUGUUGGUUUUAUUGAAAUUGAAAAUGCAAUAAAAUCAGUGGAAUAAUGUAAGAAAUGACUGUGGGCCCGUUUACUCAACUUUCAUCACCAGAAUUGAGCCUUUUUGACACCCUGCAGACUCCGUAGCCGAGAGGCCGCUACGUGUAAUUUAUCAUGCGCUAUUUUAAAACACGUUACCUGUCAGUAAAGCGCUUUAUUAAAACAUGUUCCACCUACAAAACAACAGUCUAAGCUGAGAGCGCUUCUCACCGUCUCGCUGCUGUGAUUGGCUCCGCCCGGAGGCUGCAGGCUCCUGUUUGUUUUCACCACUGCAGCCUGUGUUU